AUGGGCAUCAGUCGCCUGGAUUCAAACAGCUGCAGGAGGGAGGUGUGCUACCUGCACCAGCACCUGCGCAGCUGUUUCGGCGUCUCCCGCCGGACACCAUGGGGUUUAGCCGCACAUGCGCAGUCAGUCUGGUCGGGACGCCGCUCGGCCCCGCCCUCACAGACGUCGAGUUCCGAGAGCCUCUGGCGUAGGGACGCUCACGCGCGGAGUACUGCGCAGGCGCACUCAGGGUCCCUUAGCAGACCUAGCGCCUUUUCCUCUCGCCCGAGUGGCUUCUGGUUUGCCAAGUGCUGUUGGGCCCGGCAGGUGCUGAAAAUCUGGGGUCGUGGACCCCGGCCAAGACUCAGCAGCACGGAGGUGCCGGGUGUCGCCGAGGGCGCAGGGCCGGGCUCCGCAGGCGGCGUGCCCUGCCCAGCGGCCCCCGCCCCUGCUGCAGCCGCGGCCCUGGCUGCAGCCCCGGUCGCGGCCCCAGCUUCUCAGUUCACCCUGCUGGUGAUGCACCCCUGUGGCGGGCAGGACGAGGCCUCUGCGGAAGGCGUCUUGCGGCAGGCCCCGCUCCCGGCGGGCAGCCUCGGGCUGGGACAGCAGGUUGGGUACCCAUGUGAAGUGGCAGGGGAUGCCGAGGAGGACGCAGGGGAGGAUGAAGCGGACCUGUUGGACACUUCGGACCCCCCAGGGGGAGGCGAGAGCACAGCCAGCUUGGAGGAUCUGGAGGACGAGGAGACACAUUCAGGGGGCGAGGGCGGCAGCGGGGGAGCCCGGAGACGGGGCAAUGGCGGGGGCAGCAUGAGCAAGACCUGCACCUAUGAGGGCUGCAACGAGACCACGAGCCAGGUGGCCAAACAGCGGAAGCCGUGGAUGUGCAAGAAGCACCGCAACAAGAUGUACAAGGACAAGUACAAAAAGAAGAAGAGCGACCAGGCCCUGAAUUGUGGUGGGGCCGCCUCAUCUGGCAACACGGGCAACGUCAAACUGGAGGAGAGUCCAGACAAUAUACUUUCCAUUGUCAAACAAAGAACAGGAUCUUUUGGGGAUCGUCCUGCAAGACCUACUCUUUUAGAACAAGUGUUAAAUCAGAAAAGACUGUCAUUACUAAGAAGUCCAGAAGUAGUGCAGUUUUUACAGAAACAGCAGCAACUAUUAAAUCAGCAAGUUUUGGAGCAAAGACAGCAGCAAUUUCCAGGAGCAUCAAUCUGAGGAGACUCACCAGGAACCUCAACAUGUUUUUCUCUUACUGUAAUAGAUGAACAUAUUUUUAUACUAAAGAUAAUUGGGGAAAACUUUGAAAAGGCAAAGCUACCAAUAAAAAUAACAAUUCAAAUAUCAAGAUACCUUAGAAUAAUAAAUGUAUAUGUCUCAAGAUGAACUUGCAAAAAUUGGUUAGUUUCUUGUUUUUUUAACUCUGAAAUAUAUAUCAUGUUAAAGUUAGUCAUAGCUGUUCUAAGAAGUACUUAUGGGGAGAAUGUUUUUCUUCAUUUUAUGUAUGUUUUUUAUUUACAUAUCUGCAGAAACACUUUUGCCAAAAUUAUUUCAUUAAAGUUAAGUUGUUGACCUUUCA